GAGCAAUCCCAGUUUUUUAUUUCACAACUCUGGCCAUGUCCACAGGCUUGAGUAGCGAUAAUAAUCAUUAUCCCAAGCGCUUCGGCAAAUCUCUGAUAUUUCCAUCUGCCUCUUUGACCCGUCUACGGAUCAUUGGCGGCUUUGGCGUUCCCGUCGAAGAUCUGCCUUUCGAAUCCGUCACCUCGGGCUAUGUGCUAAAGACGGAGUAUCAUCUGCCAACUACCGCUCAGGAGAUAACCAGAGUUUAUUUCAAGCCCCAACCCAUUACGGAUAGGAAGGAUACCUUACAAACAAAUGAGCCGAUCAACACGGGCUCCAUUUACCGCUGGGUUCUCCAUCGAGGCAUCGAGAUGGUCCUGCAGAACAUUGACCUACCCGGUCGCAGUUGCCUGCUCCGCAUGCAUGCUGCGCUGCCCUUGACCCAUGAGAGUGGUCUACUUGGCGAGCUCAUCCACAUUGUGCUGACCCCAUCGAGCUCCACGGAUCGGUAUGCUCUGCACUCGGAUCGGGAAUACCUAACCGCAGAGCGUUUUGGCAAACGUGGCGGCAACUGUGAGGCUGCCUAUAGCAGAAAGUGUCCAAAAUCUGCGCUGGCACUGAUAACAACUAUGCUGUGAGUGUGCUGAAAAUAAUCAGCAGAGUGAUUCGGUGAGAGAUAAUGUUUUUCCUUCUGUGUUACCAUAAAGGACAGAUUGCUAAACAAUUAAAAAUAAAAUUGAAAUAAUUAAAAAUUAGUAAAAACGUUUAGUUUAAGAAAGAGUGUAAAGCAUUAACGUGGAAUUAUUUAUUAAGAAUU